AAAGAUGUACGAUCUUAAAUGCCUUCUGGUUGGCCUAAGUUUGAUUCUUUUUUUAGGAAAUGUCAGCGCUUUAUGUAUUGUUCAUAAGAAUUUGUUGGCCACCAAAAAUAUUUAUUUAACCAAUAAUAAUGGGAUAUUUGAUAUUCAGCACAGUGAUAUAGUGGCUAACGGGCAAUCGAUCUAUUUGCUUUGUAAUGGAGGAGUUGAACCUACUAAAUUCCAGUGCCAAUCUGACAAUAAUUUUGAUCCACCUCUGAACACGGUCAUGUGCUCAGCACCGUUCGAACCAUCUGUUGUAAAUGUACCAGAUACCUCUUGUCCCAGUCCUUUUCUUACGUACGCCGUGGGUUAUCAUGUCAGUGGACGCUUCAUGGAGCUGUAUCGAAACUGUUUCGAUGCUCAGCACUUGGCACUCCAACAUUCCAUCUAUAAGGUGUACCGCCACGAAAAUACCGCUCCACGUCCUAAUUCUCCAUGGAACUCUGAUGGAAUAAGUGGGGGAUUUGACAGUGCCUACGAGGGAAAAGCCACUCAAGCUUGCUUGCAGACUAACCUGGGUGCAAAGCAACCGCAGUGUAGAUUUGAUCGUGGCCACAUGACACCAGCCUCUGCUUUCAUGUUCACAGAGCUUAAGAGAACCACCUUUAGGUAUUUAAAUGCUAUCCCCCAGUAUGCAGGAGUUAAUCGUGGCUACUGGAGGACAAUUGAAGGCUGGGUAAACAGCCUAGUUAUGGGACGAAAUUAUGAUGUUCUUAAAGUUUGCACGGGAGCACUGGGAGUGCAUAGGUUAAAACACAAGAAUAGUAACAAAUUUAUAUCAAUUUUCCUGUUGGAUAAUGACAAAAUUCCCGUACCCGAAUGGAUGUACAAGAUAGUGAGCCAUCUUUCUGGAGAUAAAUGGGUUAUCUUGACCUACAACGACUUUAAUGAGCCUAGUCAGCAGGCCUUAGAUCAGAUGCUAUGCCAACCAGUCAAUUGUCAUCCAAACCUUCAUCCCAAUAAGAGGGGUGUGGGCUACACUGUCUGCUGCGAGCCAUACGAUUUCAUUACAAGAAACGUACCACAUUUGACGGGUGUUUGCUAAAGCCUACAACCCAAUUACCUAAUUGUUAAAAAAAUUUUAAUUUUGGAUUUAUACGCUUGACCAGAAAAACAUUUCAGUAUACGUUUUGUUCUUAAAAGUUAUCAGUAUGAACUACGAAUCCCGGAAUCUGAGAGAUGAGAAGGUAUUCGCCAAAAAAUGGAUCAUUCACCGUUUAAGCUGGAUUACACGACUAUAAAGUUUCCUAACCUAUUUCAUCUUGAUUCUAAACUGACUUUCUUGAGUGUAAAAUGGGUGGAACGAAUCAACAACCACUGACGGUUAAACCGCCUUUACAUAUACUGGAGUAUUAAAACCAAAACAAAAAGUUUUAU